AUGAGCCUCAACGAGAAAGACCCAGAAAUCUGUGCAGGCGAUGCACUGGCAAGACAUAUUUCGUCAAAGGAGAUCGUAGUCUCGUCUCCACAAAUCUCGUCAUCUUAUGUAGCCGACCUCAACUCCACGGUGAGGUCGUUGCAGCCUGGUAUUUUCAAACAAAACCCGGCGCACACCCUGGGGGGGAUACCGAGUCGCUCACUCAACUAUGCGUGGACCUUCGAGAACACCACCACAAAUAUUGGCCUGGAGGCUUACGGGCUUGGAAUAGGGAUGGGUGGCCAUUUGGAAAGUCCCACUGAAGUUCUGUUGGACUUCAUUGACGGGUCUUUCGUCCUGAACCUAAGAUUCACAGAAUUCUUUGCGCGUGGAGUGCUGAACAUAACGGCGAGGGUCAUCAACGGGAAUCUCUUAUUCACAAUUCCACGGCUGUUUAACGGGGUCAUGGAAUGUGUCUGCUCGCCCGAUGAUAUAAUCGUUACUGGCGCUGUAGGGCAGGCAUUGGGAGUAUACCAUUGGAACCACAAUAGGUCGGUGAUUUCCCUCGGUACUAUGUCUGGCUGGAAGGUGUACCUUGACAAGGGUACCGGGGAGUUCACAUUCACUGCGCUAUCAGAAAGCGCUGCCCCAGUCAACCUCUUCCGCUGCGUCUUACAAGGUGCCCUUCUCAUUGUCGCUUUCGAGGACGAAGAUCCGGGCGACUUCGUCAAAAAAAUUGGUAUCCAUAAACUCCGUCGGCCCUUCGACUCAUCCGGUCACCUCCCCGAGAUCUUACAAGAGUUACUCUCGACGCACUCAUGA